CAGUGGCUGGCCACGAUUGGCUGGCUGGCGCGCUGGAAGUGAUGAUGCACGACGACACCAUGCCGCGAGGCUGUCGUUCAGCUGAGCUGUAAGAGCACAACCUCGACCUAACCUGUACUCCCAACUCAACAAAUGCAUGCAUAUCGACCCUGCGAGAACUAUUCACCGACAUUCUUUCGUUCAGAGAUUCUGUCAGAUCCUGUCUGACGGCGAGAUUCCCGAAUAUGCUAUCCUUUCACACACAUGGGGGGCGGAUACAGAAGAGGUCAUAUAUAGAGACCUGAUAGAUAGUACUGGGAAGAGCAAGGUUGGAUAUGAGAAGAUUCGGUUCUGCGGAGGGCAAGCCAGACGUGAUGACUUGCAUAACUUCUGGGUAGAUACUUGCUGUAUUAACAAAUCGAGCGACAGGGAGCUUUCGGAAGCUAUUAACUCUAUGUUUCGCUGGUAUCGCAAAGCGGCAAAAUGCUACGUAUAUCUGACAGAUGUUUCGACAAAUGAUCAAAUCGACUUGUCUCUACAGGCGUGGGAGGCAGCUUUUGGGAAUAGUCGAUGGUUUACCCGUGGUUGGACGCUUCAAAAGCUUAUCGCGCCGCCAUCGGUUGAGUUCUUCUGCUCGAACGGCAAUCGACUCGGUAACAAGAAAUCAUUAGAGGGGCAGCUUCACAAGAUAACGGGGAUUCCAGUUUCCGCUCUUCAAAGUAGCCCUCUUUCUGAAUUUAGCUUCGACGAGCGAAUAUCGUGGGCACAGCUUCGGGAGACCCAGCGUGAAGAGGACAAGGCUUAUUCCCUGCUAGGCAUCUUCGACAUCUCGAUGCCAGUUAUCUAUGGCGAGGGGAAGGAGAACGUAUUCCGUAGGCUGAACCGCGAAUGGAAAUAUCGGCUCGAUGAGCUACCCACUACAGUGACCUCUCGGUUCGGCGUUAUCUUUCAGUUAUUAACGCCGGAACAUCAAAAUUUGCUAUAAACCACACUGAAAAUCGAUGCUCGUAGAUUUCUCCACAUCAACAACUGCAAACUCGUUAGGUCGAUAUGGCUCCCAACCUUCCACGUCGAAUUGCAACCCAAAUCGAUAAUAUUCUCCUUAAUGGCACUUCCGUUGACUUUACUACUAUUGCUAAGCAGUUCAAUACCACUUAUAAGACGAUUUGUGAGCGUAAUCGAAGGUUACAGAAGGAGAGGAGUGGUACAAAUGCUCUACCAAGAGCUCAAGGGCCGGCACCUGUUAUAAAUCGUCAGAUGGAGGUCUUUAUAGCUGGGCUAUUGGAAAGGGAACCUGAGCUAUACCAAGAUGAAAUUACUAAUUAUCUCUUCGCUAAGUUUGAAGUAGUAGUCAGCAAUGCUCAGGUUGCAAAGGCAUUGCGUAGAAUCAAGCAUACCUCUAAAAUCCUUACUAUUGUUACGGCG